ACCACCACCACCCCGGACCAUCUUUUGAUCUCCCCUAAAUUUCCGAACACGUGCACAAGCAGCCUGGGGACCGACCAGAAUUUUCAGGCUGUUGGGAGAAAGACAACAUCGUUCCCAACUGGAAUCUGUCACAGUGGCUCCCAGAAACAAGGAGGCAGCUGUAUAUGUGGACAGUCCCUUGAACGCCAUCGUCUUUGACCUUCAGUCAGAGAAGGGAAAUCUUUUGUUUCUGCCUGGACCUACCACCCCCUGUCUGCCUCUUAUGCACUCCAGCACCCCCAUCAGCUCUCUGUUCUCCUUCACUAGCCCAGCAGUAAAAAGGCUGCUUGGCUGGAAACAAGGGGAUGAAGAGGAAAAGUGGGCGGAGAAGGCCGUGGACUCUCUGGUAAAGAAACUGAAGAAGAAGAAAGGGGCCAUGGAGGAGCUGGAGAGGGCUUUGAGUUGCCCAGGCCAGCCCAGUAAGUGCGUCACCAUACCUCGGUCCCUGGAUGGGAGGCUGCAGGUGUCCCACCGCAAGGGGCUUCCUCACGUGAUUUACUGCAGGGUGUGGCGCUGGCCAGAUCUGCAGUCUCACCAUGAAUUGAAACCACUGGAGUGCUGUGAAUUCCCAUUUGGCUCAAAGCAGAAAGAAGUGUGCAUUAAUCCGUAUCACUACCGCCGAGUGGAAACCCCAGUGCUUCCUCCUGUGCUUGUACCAAGACACAGUGAGUUUAACCCUCAGCUCAGCCUUCUGGCCAAGUUUCGGAAUGCCUCCCUCCACAGUGAGCCCCUGAUGCCACAUAAUGCUACCUAUCCCGAGUCUUUCCAGCAGCCCACAGGCUCUACCUACUCAUCGUCACCCAGCCACAUGUUCUUGCCAUCUCCCAGCACUGUAAGCUACCCUCACUCCCCGGGAAGUUCAUCUGGGCCAGGGAGUCCAUAUCAACUCACAGUUGAUACACCACCCCCACCUUAUCAUGCCACAGAAACACCAGGGAGCCACAAUGGACGACCUCUAGAUGCCACAGCUGACAGCCAUUUAGUGCUAUCAUUGCCUAAUGGAGACUUUCGACCUGUUUGUUAUGAAGAGCCUCAGCACUGGUGUUCUGUUGCCUACUAUGAGCUCAACAACCGAGUCGGGGAGACUUUUCAAGCUUCUUCUAGAAGCGUACUCAUAGAUGGAUUUACAGAUCCUUCAAAUAACAGGAACAGGUUCUGUCUUGGACUUCUUUCUAAUGUAAACAGAAACUCAACAAUAGAAAACACCCGGAGACAUAUAGGAAAGGGUGUUCACCUGUAUUAUGUUGGGGGAGAGGUUUAUGCCGAAUGUGUAAGUGACAGCAGCAUUUUUGUUCAGAGCCGUAACUGCAACUAUCAGCAUGGCUUUCACCCAGCCACUGUCUGCAAGAUCCCCAGUGGCUGCAGCCUCAAGAUUUUCAACAAUCAACUCUUUGCCCAGCUGCUUGCACAGUCAGUUAACCAUGGCUUUGAAGUAGUCUAUGAGUUGACCAAGAUGUGCACUAUUCGAAUGAGUUUUGUUAAGGGCUGGGGAGCUGAAUACCACCGUCAAGAUGUCACCAGCACCCCCUGCUGGAUUGAGAUUCAUCUUCAUGGACCAUUGCAGUGGCUGGACAAAGUUCUGACACAGAUGGGUUCACCACAUAACCCAAUUUCUUCAGUAUCUUAACAGUGAUCCCUAAAGCUACCCUUCUAAUAGAAUAGAUGCUAUUGCAGGCAGUGGCUUAUAUCAUUUCAUAUUUGCAAUUAACUGAAGUUUCUAAAUCUAUAUGUAAAUACAAAUGAUAUACUAGCCAUAUUUUUUUUUUCACGAUCUGUUUUGUGCUGUCAAGCUAGAAGGAUGCCAAUACAAUGAAAUUAGAAAGUCAGAUUUAUUGUGUCUGUGCUAUGUUAAGAAGCAGCUUUUGUCAGAGGAAAAAUGGGGGACAUUGUGUCAAUAGCUUUUGUAGGAUAUUGUUAGAUAAGAAAAGCAGCUGCUGUCAUAUCAUUACAAGACAUUGGGAGUAUUCUGGGUCAGUGGAAUAUUUUAAACUGUUUAUAUAGAAAAUAUACGGUACUAAUAGCACCCAGGCAAAUAACAUUUUCAAACAAAACAAAAAACUGAAGGCUACAUAUUUUAACAUGAUUCCACUUUCAGUGCUAUUGGCAAAAACAAAUGAAGCACAUCAGAUAAAUUUUACAAGAUAAGUCAUCUUCUGUUUCUGAAAUAGAACUACCCAUAAUGAGGCUAUUCUUCUGAUAUUUGUGGUACACUUUAAAAAGAAUUUAAGCUGUGAUGGGAAAAGAGACAGCAACUGUGAAGUUUAGAGUUGUUCUCUUGGAUUCCUUCAUGGUAAAGUUUCUUCCCUAAAAAGAAACUCCUGAUAGAGGAAAUGGACAAAAAAAUCAGUUGCUAAGAACAUGGUAUGACUUGGGUAGUCGUAAUAACAACUCAUUUAUAUAGCACUUUAACAUUUACAAGGUACUUUUCUCACAAUAACACUGUGUGGUAGUUAGCAAAAGUGUGUCCAUUUUAAAGGUGAGGAACGAAGACUCAGAAAUAAGUGGUUUGCCAAGGGUCACACACACAAGUUGAUAGAAGUCAUCUUCCCUCUGGGAAACCCCUCCUUCAUAUGUUUGUAUGUAUUUGUUCCAGGUCCUCUUUCUAUAUCUUCCCAGUGGGAGGGAAUAACAGCUGUCAUGGGAGGAGGGAUAACACUUCCAUUGCCAUGGUACAGCCUCUAGGAGGCCGGUCCUUUUCUCCUGAUCUAGUCAUGAAGCAGGAUGGCCCUUUGGACGACUCACCCCCAAUCUAGCUGCAGUCUCCAUCUCUUGCCAUCAUGAUGUCUAAAAACUUCACAAAUAAACUGUUCAUCACUUCCAAGUUCCCUUGAAUUCUUGUAGGAGAGGGUGCUGAACAAUGGAAGAUCUUUUAAAAACUGUAUACUAGGGGCAGCUAGGUGGCGCAGUG